AUGUCGUCCAAAGCAAAGAAGCUGAACGCGCUCGCCGCACUCAAAGCAAAGCGCGAUGGUGUCGAUCUCCCCUCGACUUCCAAGGCAGGCGAAAACUCGGACGACGAUGCCAUCUACGACGAGGUCUCGGAGGACGAGUACCGCUCCAUCAUCCGCGGCAGGGUCAUGGAUGACGACUUUAUCGAGGACGACGAUGGCUCCGGCUACGUAGACCACGGCCAAGACGAGUGGGACCAGCGUGCACGCGCCAACGACCAAGACGAGGACGAAGACACCGAAGACGAGCAGGAGUACUUUGAGCGCACGGGCAAGCGCAAGCCAAAAAAAGGCACCAAGGCGCGUUCCAAGCUCAAGGGUGCCGAUGCCUCUUCGUCAGCAUACCAGAAGUCGAGCCUUUCGGCAGCUUUCAGCAAGCAGCGCAAAGCUUCUGGCGGCCUGUCGAGCGACCUCUCGGCGAGUCGCGCGCGCGACGCACAGCGCGUGCGAUCCGCUGCCCUCGAUGCAUACCGUCCUUCGGUGAGCAAGGAGAAGGAAGACGACUUCAUGGCGAGCCUCAUGGGCAACCUCGAUGAGUUUGGCGCGCAGCCUUCCACGUCGACGCACGACCCCACAAGCCCCUCGCCCGCCAACCGCCUCUCGACAUCGCUCUCGAAGAAGCGCAAGCAGCAAGAGGAGGGCGCAUUCUCGCGCUUCCGCACCUCGCACAGCGCCAGCAACGGCUUCACCAGCCCCUCAUCCGGCCCUCCCACCAGCGAGUCUGCACACCCCUCGAGCGACAGCGCUGCACCCAACGUUCACGUCAGCGGCAGCGACACGCCUCCUUGGGGUCCAAACCUCGGCUCGGACCCCGUCUUUGAGCUCGACGACGAGCUGCCCGCUUCCAACAAGAAGCUCCGCGGUCCCAAAGGAUUGCCCAGCCGCAUUGGCAGCCUCGGGCUAGGUGAGACCGAUGCCGACGUCUUCAUCAGCCAUCCGUCCAAACGCGCCGCGGGUCUCACAAACGACGCCCUCGCCUUCAGCGACGACGAGGCUGAAGACCUGGCUGUUCGCCGCGUCGAGGUCGGCUCGAUCCCGGCCAAGGCCGUCGAUGCGCGCGGUCAAGCUUCCCGACCAAAGCAGCCUUCUCCCGCCGCAGCCACGCCGCGUCCCGCCAAGCCCAGCCACGGCGCCGACACGAACAAGACGCCAUCGGCGGCUCCCGCAGCGAUCAAGGAGCAGGAAAAGGCGCCCGCAUCCAGAAGCAGCUGGCAGAAGGUGCACAACGACCUCAUGAAGAACGUCGAGCCCACCACGCCUACUCCGGCCGGUCCCACAGGCGCCGCCAAGACGGCAGUCGGAAGCGCAACACCUUCGGCGGGCAAAGUCAAGGCUUUCGAGGACGACAAGUCGCUCUUCUUCUACUGGCUCGACUAUCUUGAGGGCGAGAACGGCGUGGUGUAUCUGGUCGGCAAGGUCAAGGACAAGGAGACGGGCAGGUACGUCUCGUGCUGUCUCACGGUCAACGGCAUCGAGCGAUGCAUCUUCCUGCUUCCACGCAGCAAGCAGCUCGAGAACGGGCACGAGACCGACCGUGCCGUCGGUGAGGACGAGAUCUACGACGAAUUCGAGGAGCUCUCGGCCAAGCACGGCAUCAAGCGCUUCCUGUCCAAGUGGGUGACGCGCAAGUACGCGUUCGAACAGGCGGGCGUGCCUGCGGAGAGCAACUACAUGAAGAUCCGCUACGGCUUUGACGAGCCGCAGCUGCCGUUCGACUUCAAGGGCCGCACGUUCAGCAAGACGUUUGGCACCAACACGUCGCCGUUCGAGCUGCUCGUGGUCAAGCGACGCAUCUUUGGCCCGAGCUGGCUCAAGAUUUCGAACGCCAGCAUCGCCGAAGGCUCGACGCCCAUCUCGUGGUGCAAGAUGGAGGUCGCCGUCGAGGAUCCCAAGGACAUUGCGCCGAUCUCGGACACGGACACCACGUCGCCACGCGAGACGCCGCCGCUUACCGUCAUGUCGCUCGCGAUUCGCACCGUGGUCAACCACAAGGAGAACAAGCAGGAGCUUGUGGCUGUCAGCGCACGCACGUGGACCGACCACCAGAUCGAAGACCCCACGCCGCCCGAGCAGCUGCCCUGCUCCGUCUUCACCGCGGUGCGGCCGCUCGGCAGCAUGUUCCCGCCCGGCUUCGAGGCCGAGGCGCGCAAGGGCAAGAUCAAGGUGCACACGCUCAAGUACGAGCGCAUGCUGCUCAAUGCGCUGCUGGCGCAAAUCCACAAUGCCGACCCCGACGUCAUCGUCGGCCACGAGUUCAACGGUGUGUCGCUCGACGUGCUGCUGCACCGCAUGAAGGAUCUGCGUGCGGACCACUGGUCGCGCGUCGGCCGCUUCCGCCGUCCCAAGUGGCCCAAGCUCAAGCAGGGCAUGAACCUCAAGAUUCUUGCCGGCCGACUCGUGUGUGAUCUGGCCUCGGACAACGGCAAGUCGAUGAUCGCCUCGACCACCUGGUCGUUGACCGAGAUGUGUGCCACGCAUCUCAAGAUCCAGCGCGAGGACAUCGACCCCGAAGAGACCGCGUCGUUCUUCGACUCGCUCGCGCCGUCGCCCGAGCGGCUGCUGACGUACGUGCGCCACUGCGAGGUGGACACGUUCUUCCAGAUGGCGAUUGCGGCCAAGGUGCAGAUCCUGCCCCUCACCAAGCAGCUCACCAACCUGGCGGGCAACAGCUGGAACAAGACGCUCAACGGCGGCCGUGCCGAGCGCAACGAGUACAUUCUGCUGCACGACUUCCACAGGCAGAAGUACGUCUGCCCGGACAAGAUCUCGGCGUGGGAGAAGAAGCAGAUCCAGCAGGCGGCUGAGCUCAAGGCCAAGGCCAAGAAUGGCGCCACGGGCGCGGGCGCAGCUGCGGCGGCCAGCAGCAAGAAGGACAAGUUCAAGGGCGGUCUGGUGUUCGAGCCCAAGCGUGGGCUGUGGGACAAGUACAUCCUCGUCAUGGACUUCAACUCGCUGUAUCCGUCCAUCAUCCAGGAGUUCAACAUCGACUUUACCACGGUCGAGCGUCCGCCCACCCAAGGGCUGGAAGACGACGAUGCUGUCAACCCUGCCACCGUCGCCGCCGAGGAUGAUGCAGAGGCUGCGGCGGAAGGUGUUGUGGAUGGCGACAAGAUCCCUGACGUGCCGUCGUCGGAUGUGGAGCAGGGCGUGCUGCCGCGCAUCAUUGCGCAGCUCGUGGCACGGCGUCGGCAGGUCAAGUCGCUCAUGAAGGACAAGUCGGCGACGCCGUCGCAACUGAUGCAGUGGAACAUCAAGCAGCUUGCGCUCAAGCUCACUGCCAACUCGAUGUACGGCUGUCUGGGUUUCGAAAACUCGCGCUUCUACGCGCGCCCGCUCGCGGCGCUGACGACGUUCAAGGGCCGCGAGAUCCUGACGGCCACCAAGGACCUUGCCGAGUCGAUGCUGCUCGACGUCGUGUACGGCGACACGGACAGUGUGAUGAUCAACACCAACGCCACCGAGUACCGCGAGGCGAUCCGGAUCGGACUCGAGUUCAAAAAGUCGGUCAACGAGCGCUACCGGCUGCUGGAGAUCGACAUUGACGGUGUGUUCGAGCGCAUGCUGCUGCUGCAGAAGAAAAAGUACGCGGCGGUCAUGGUGGACGAAGACGGCAAGCGCACCACCGAGAUCAAGGGUCUUGACAUGAAGCGUCGCGAGUACUCGGCGCUUAGCAAGAACGUGUCGAACUAUGUGCUGGAGCAGAUCCUGUCGGGACAACCGACCGAGGUGGUGGUGGAGCACAUCCACGAAUACCUCGGCGACAUGGCGGACAAGAUCAAGCGUGGCGAGGUGGCGCUGGAUGAUUUCAUCAUCUACAAGCGGCUCGGAAAGAAUCCGGAGGACUAUCCGGACGUCAAGUCGCAGCCGCACGUCCAGGUGGCUCUGCGCGUCAAGGCGCGCGGCGGCAGCGCAAGGAUGGGCGACGUGAUCCCCUACAUCUUUUGCCUGGGCGAGGAUGGGGCGUCGAGCACCAAGAGCGCGCAGGCGGAUCGGGCACACCAUCCGGACGAGCUCAGACGCAAGGACAGCGAGCUCAAGGUGGACUACGAGCACUACCUGGCGCUGCAGAUCUUACCGCCCAUCGAGAGGCUGUGCGAGAGCAUCGAGGGUACCGACCGCUCGAGGUUGGCAGAGUGUCUGGGGCUGGAUCCCACCAAAUACUCGCAUGUCUCGGCGUCGGCAGGUGGCGCAGGCAUGGGCGAUCGCGAGUUUGCCACGCUCGACUCGCAGAUUCCGGACGAGGUGAGGUUUGCACGCUGCGAGCCGCUCGAGCUGACGUGUCCGUCGUGUCGCGAAACGAGCCGCUUCCUGGGUCCUGCACACCGCGCAUCAUCGUCGACGGCGAGCAGUGUGCUGCGCGACUCGACGAACGCCAAGGCGGAGGAGCGCAACGCGAUUUCGACCAAGGGCAUUCGAUGCACCAAUGCAGCGUGCCAGCGAAUGCUGCCGCUGGCGACGGUGUCGAUCCAGCUCGAGCUGGCCAUCCGCAAGUACGUCGAGCGCUACUAUGCCGGAUGGACGGAAUGCAGCGAUGCCAACUGCCACAGCCGCACGCGCAUGGCGAGCGUCUACGCCAAACGCUGCAUCGCCGUGCACGACUCCAAGUCCGCCGCGCUCCUCGAUGCCACCUCGACUGUCGGCGGGCAGCUGGCAUGCCGAGGCCGCGUAGAGCCGUGCUACCGCGACAAGCAGCUGUACGAUCAGCUCAUCUACUUUGAGUCGCUCGUCGAUGCUGCGCGCAUCCGCGAGCGGGUGGUGGGCAAGGGAACGUCGCAGACACCCAACAUCAAGGCGUGGCACGACGAGGUGCUCGCCACACUCGACAUCAACAAGCGCGAACUCGACAUGCUCCACAAGACCAUCGACAAGUACCUCGCCAAGAACGGAAGGCGGUUCGUCAAGCUCGCGAGCCUCUUCCGUUUCAUGAAGGUUUAA